GCCUAUCCAAUCGAUCUGUCCUCACAAAUCCCAAAUUCUCUAUCGCUCUUCUUCUCUCCCCUUCUUCCACUUAUCUCAAUUCUCAUUUCCUUCACUUUCUCUCAUACUUCUUCUUCUUCUUCUUCUUCAGGCUUUUCCUCCUCUUCUUCUUCAGGCAUUUCAUUCCUUUCUUGUUUUGAUUGCAUCAUAUAAUCAAGAAAAUUACUGAUUUUGUUUGGGUUUUAGGGUUUUCUUCGCAGACAAAUUGGCGUCAACGAAUUCCAGAUUAUGAUGGGCUCGCAUAACCUACCAUUCAAAGUUGGGGAAGACAUAGAAUGGAGUUCAUUUAUGAAAGGUUAUCGCGGUGCGUGGUUCCGAUGUAAGAUAAAAGAUAUUGGCUGGAGAAAUGGUCAACUGUCAUGUGCCUUAUUCUAUUAUGACUUUCCAGAUGAAAAAUCAAAAUGGGAAAAAAUAUAUCAAAGCAACCCUGCUGAUAGUAAAAGGACAAGAAAAGAGAAGAUAUUGAUGAUGCGUCCUCCCUUUCCUCCUAUGUAUAAUGAAAGUAAAAGGCCUGAUGUCAAUACUCUAUCGGAAGUGGUAGUUAUUGUCAGUGAUGUCUGGAAGGUGGGAGAUUUAGUUGAUUGGUGGAAGGAUGAUUGUUAUUGGUCCGGAAAAGUAGCAGAAGUAUUAGGGGAUGAAAAAGUUAAGGUUGAGUUGCCACGUCCUCCUGUUGGUGAAGGAGUCGAAGGAGAGACCUAUGAGGCUUCUUGCAACGACUUGCGUGCAUCCCUGAAUUGGUCUCUAAAAGGCGGUUGGACAGUGCCUACAUCCAAGGUGUUGAUGCUUUCUAAUCAACUUGAAAAGAAAAGCAGUUGCUGUUUCUUCUAUACUAAGUUGUUUGGUAUGCCUUUGCGGUUGCAGGAGAGUGAAAAUGGGCAUCCUUGUGCUCGAGUAAUUAAGCCUGAUAAUCAAGGGGACAUUGCAAACUUGAUGGUCCAAUCUUUCGGUGAUGGAAGUAGGGAUGACCAAGCAAUUGCUGGUGUCAAGCAACCUUUAACAGGAAAGGACACACCAGCUGCAGAAACAAAUAUGGAGUCUGACGUGGCAGAUAGUGGGUUUGAGAGAAUGAGAUGCCCAGAUACUGUUUCAAAAUUGCAUGUUAAAGAUGCAUCAAAUGAAAUGGAGGCAACUGCAACUAGGGUAGACAUACUUGAUAACAAAAAGCCCUUAAAGAGAAAGAAAACUCAUGUGGCAGAUAGUGGGUUUGGGAAGAUGAGUUUCUCAGAUGGCGUUUCAAAAUUGCAUGUUGAAGAUGCAUCAAAUGAAAUGGAGGCAACUACAACAAGGGUAGACAUACUUGAUAACACUAAGCCCGUAAAGAGAAAGAAAACUCAUGAAGACAUAGUGUUAAAUUCAAUGAACUCUGAUACAUUAGAAGCUGCACUUUUGGACUUGGAGGAACUUGUAAACCGGAUUAAAUGGAUGAAGGGUAUCUUGGAGAUUGGAUUACCUUUGACUGGUGCGAUGCGACCCCGUUGGAAAUUUCUUGGAGAUCAUUCCUCGUCCGCCCCAAAGUAAGGGUUUUCACUCACAGCACUUAUUUGUUGACCACUGAUCAUGCUGUAAAGCAAUCACAUAUUGACAGGCAAUGACAGCAAGGUUAAACUUUAUGCAGAACUUUGGUUAACACUUCUCUUGUACACAUAUUUCUGCGUAAAUAGUUUAACUUGAGUAGAAGCUCCGUACUAUAUGUCUAGGGAAUCCACUUUUUGAAUUUCAAAGUCUAGAGUUGCAGAAGAAAUUUGAGUUUUGUGACUGUUAAAUUUAUGUGUAAAGAGAUUUGUUUGUGAUGCCUGACACAUAAUGAAGUGUGGAAAUGAGUUUAGGGGAAUUGCCAGUUUGCAAAGCUUAUAAUAUUUUGAAAUCUGGGAAGAGGGGGGGAGUUAACUUUUGUUAAAAAGCUGUCUACUGUUGGCAAAUAAGAUUAGUCACAUUAUAACAGUUGUCUGAACAAGGCAUUGAGGUCAUAUGCUACUUCUGUGGUGUGAUGCCAAUGCAAUAACAAGGGUUUCUGCUGUGAUAGAAUUGAAAUCUUUCACCAUUUGGUUUUGAUCAUGCAAAUGAUAAAUCUUUAAUGGCAUUCAUAUUGGUUAUGU